UUGCAACCACAAAUAAUCGAGAGAGAGAGAGAGAGAGAGAGAGAGAGAGAGAGAGAGAGAGAGAGAGAGAGAGAGAGAGAUGAGGCAGUUACAAGGAACAAGCCUAUGUAUGAGCAUCUUCUUCCUGGCGACUUCAUUUGCCAUUGUGAUUGUGGUUGUGAUAGCAAAUGCUUCCAAAGGAUUGUCUUUGUUCUCUCUUCCAUCUUCGACAUGGUCAUGGAGUACUGGUGGCGUUGCCUCACUUUCCUCUUCUUCCUUUUCCAACUCCUCCUUCACCGAUGACAAGAGUCAAGAUGGUGCCAGUAACAAAUCUGGUUUGAGAAGAAGUAAGAAGAAGAGAGAUGAAAAACUAGGGAGGGUUGAAGCAGGACUUGCCAGAGCCAGAGCUCUAAUCAGAGAUGCCAUGAUCAAUCAGAACAGUUCAUCGCCUCUUGAUGGAGAUUCAGAUUAUGUUCCAAAAGGGGACAUUUACAGGAAUGCUUAUGCUUUUCGCAGAAGUUACCAGUUAAUGGAACGCAUGUUUAGGAUCUAUGUCUACGAAGAGGGAGAGCCACCACUGUUUCACACUGGGCCUUGCAAGGACAUAUACUCCACGGAAGGAAUUUUCAUCAACUUGAUGGAAACAAACACCCGGUUUCGAACCCGUGAUCCCGAUCGAGCUCAUGUUUACUACCUUCCGUUCAGUGUGGUGAUGAUCCUCAACACCCUCUUCGAUCCGGUCAUCCGCGACAAAGCCGUCCUGGAACGGAUAAUCGGUGGCUAUGUCCGUCUCGUUUCUUCCAAGUACCCGUACUGGAACAGAAGUCUCGGAGCCGAUCAUUUCAUGCUGUCGUGCCAUGAUUGGGGCCCGCGUGCAACUUGGUAUGUUCGCCAGUUAUAUUUCACUUCAAUUCGAGUUCUAUGCAACGCCAACACAUCAGAGCACUUCAAUCCGAAGAAGGAUGCAUCAUUCCCAGAAAUCAACUUAAAAACAGGCGAAAUUGAAGGACUCACCAGUGGCCUGCCUGCCUCUAACCGCACGGUCCUAGCGUUCUUUGCAGGGAGUGCACACGGUAAAAUUCGCCCUGCUUUUCUAAAACAUUGGAUGGAAAAAGAUGAAGACGUACGAGUUUACAAAAAUCUUCCGGAGGGAAUUUCCUACCCUGACAUGAUGAAGAAGAGCAGGUACUGCAUUUGCCCAAGUGGGUGGGAAGUAGCGAGCCCAAGAAUCGUGGAGGCGAUUUAUGCAGAGUGCGUGCCGGUAUUGAUUUCCCAAAACUAUGUGCUCCCGUUUAGCGAUGUUUUGAAUUGGAACUCGUUUUCGGUUCAGGUUUCGGUGAGUGAGAUACCGAAUCUAAAGAAAAUUCUGGUGGGAAUACCGGAGGAUCGGUAUUUAAGAUUGCAGGAGGGAGUGAGGCAGGUGCAAAGGCAUUUUUUGGUGAAUGAUCCUCCAAAGAGAUUUGAUGUGUUUCAUAUGAUAAUUCACUCGAUUUGGCUGAGAAGAUUGAAUGUUGCUAUUUAUGUAUAGUUGAUCAUGUUACAUUAGGACCAAUUUACAAGAUCAAAAUCGCCAUCUCGAUUUAGUUAAAA